CCAGCCUGGGCAACAAGAGUGAAACUCUUUCUCAAAAAAAAAAAAAAAAAAAUCCCAAAAACGGAGCUUCGAACAAAGAUAGGGCUUGGCUUUUAUACACAAAAUGCAGGAGCAGAACAAAGGCAAUUCAUCAAACAAUGACAGGUUUAUAACUCAAGCUUACACGUGACUUGCUGUGCGGCCCAGAUGACCUGUAUCUCAGUUGCACGGCUUAUCUUGCAUCCUUCGCUAUGGGGCCUGGAUGGCUGCAAUCCAGGCCUGCUUAGACAUGUCACACACACUGACCUGCGUUGCUCAUAUGGAAAACAGAAACUUACAGUUAUCAGCUAUAGAGAAUAAGAAUACAAGAAUCUAUAAACUUAUGAAACUUGCAGAGCAGUUCCACGGGAAGGGGUAAGGUCUCAGGGAAGUUUGCUUCUACCUAAGAAGGAAAAUCUGUUUUCCUGCUCCUAUCUCCCGCCUCAGGCUGAUGAGGGUGGCAAGCAGGCAGAGAGGGGCUGGAGCCAUACACAAGACCAUGCAGAGCAAACAAACAUGUAGAGAAGGGCAGGGGGCAAAGUCCUAGGGAGAUGAGCAGCCACUGUCAGCAGUGCCAGGGCCACCACCCCUGGGGAGGAGCCAUUGUGCUACUCAGAAGCCAGGGGUGAUCCUGAACAUUCGACAGCUGCUGCUCCUAUGGAGGAGCUGGUACCAUGGGUGUCAGGCGACGAUUGGCUUUGCUGCUGCUGCUGCUGCUGCUGCUCCUGCUCUGGGGCCUGGGGCAGCCAGUGUGGCCAGUGGCUAUGGCCGUGGCCCUGCGCUGGCUCCUGGGGGAUCCCGCGUGCUGCGCGCUACUUGGCCUGGCCAUGCUAGCACGGCCCUGGUUCAGCCCCUGGGUGUCCCAUGGGCUGAGCCUGGCAGCUGCGGCCCUGGCACUAACCUUGCUGCCGGCACGGCUGCCCCCGGGGCUACGCUGGCUGCCGGUUGAUGUGGUCUUCUUGGCCAAGAUCCUCCACCUGGGCCUGAAUGUCAGGGCAUGCUUAGGCCGACAGCCGCCUUAUACCUUUGUAGAUGCCUUCGAGCGACGAGCACAAGCACAGCCUGGCAAGGCAAUCUUGGUGUGGACUGGGCCUGGGGCCGGCACAGUCACUCUCGGCGAGCUGGAAGCCCGGGCCUGCCGGGCGGCAUGGGCCCUGAAGACUGAGCUGGGUGGCCCUGCGAGCCUGCGUGCCAGGGAGCCUGCUGCCCUUCUGGUGCUGGGUUCCCAGGCCGUUCCAGCCCUGUGUGUGUGGCUCGGGCUGGCUAAGCUGGGCUGCCCAACAGCCUGGAUCAACCCACAUGGCCGGGGGACACCCCUGGUGCACUCUGUGCUGAGUUCUGGGGCCCGGGUGCUCGUGGUUGACCCAGACCUCUGGGAGAGUCUGGAGGAGAUCCUUCCCAAGCUGCAGGCCGAGAACAUCCGCUGCUUCUACCUCAGCCAUACCUCCCCUACACCAGGGGUGGGGACUCUGGGAGCGGCCCUGGAUGCGGCACCCUCCCACCCAGUGCCUGCUGACCUGCGUGCUGGGAUCACACGGCAAAGCCCUGCCCUCUUCAUCUACACCUCAGGGACCACUGGCCUCCCGAAGCCAGCCAUCCUCACGCAUGAGCGGGUACUGCAGAUGAGCAAGAUGCUGUCCUUGUGUGGGGCCACAGCUGACGAUGUGGUUUACACGGUCCUGCCUCUGUACCACGUGAUAGGACUUGUCCUCGGGUUCCUCGGCUGCUUAGAUCUUGGAGCCACCUGUGUUCUGGCCCCCAAGUUCUCUGCUUCCUGCUUCUGGGAUGAUUGUCGGCAGCAUGGCGUGACUGUGAUCCAGUAUGUGGGAGAGCUCCUGCGGUAUCUGUGUAACACUCCCCAGCGACAAGAGGACCGGACACACACAGUCCGCCUGGCGAUGGGCAAUGGACUCCGGGCUGAUGUGUGGAAGACGUUCCAGCAGCGCUUUGGUCCUAUUCGGAUCUGGGAAACCUACGGCUCCACAGAAGGCAACAUGGGCUUAGUCAACUAUGUGGGGCGCUGCGGGGCCCUGGGCAAGAUGAGCUGUCUGCUUCGAAUGCUGUCCCCCUUUGAGCUGGUGCAGUUCGACAUGGUGGCGGAGGAGCCUGUGAGGGACAGUCAUGGCUUCUGCAUCCCUGUAGGGCUAGGGGAGCCAGGGCUUCUGCUGACCAAGGUUGCAAGCCACCAUCCCUUCGUGGGCUACCGCGGCCCCCGAGAGCUGUCGGAACGGAAGCUGGUGCGCAACGUGCGGCAGUCGGGCGACGUUUACUACAACACCGGGGACGUGCUGGCCAUGGACCACGAAGGCUUCCUCUACUUCCGCGACCGCCUCGGAGACACCUUCCGAUGGAAGGGCGAGAACGUGUCCACGCGCGAGGUGGAGGGCGUGUUGUCGCAGGUGGACUUCCUGCAACAGGUUAACGUGUAUGGCGUGUGUGUGCCAGGGUGUGAGGGUAAGGUGGGCAUGGCUGCCGUGCAGCUAGCCCCCGGCCAUACUUUCGACGGGCAGAAGUUGUACCAGCACGUUCGCGCUUGGCUCCCUGCCUACGCUACCCCCCAUUUCAUCCGCAUCCAGGACGCUGUGGAGGUCACGAGCACGUUCAAACUGGUGAAGACCCGAUUGGUGCGUGAGGGCUUUAACGUAGGGGUCGUGACUGACCCUCUGUUUAUACUGGACAACCGGGCCCAGUCCUUCCGGCCCCUGACGGCAGAAAUGUACCAGGCUGUGUGUGAGGGAACCUGGAGGAUCUGACCACCUGGCCAACCCACAGGGGCAAGGAUCAAGGCCGGCCACCCCCACCCCAACACAGUCGGUGUCACUUUCAUCAUGGGCCUGCGUCAAUCCUAGCCUGGCCAUAUCCUCAACCUCAGUGGGCUGUAAAUGGCAGUGGGCCCUGUAGCCGUGGCAGAAUAAACUCAAAGUGUGUUCACAG